GAAAAGGUUAGUGAUCAUAUUAAAGAUGAGUAAAACUUUCAAUUCUGUUGAUUAUAUCCUCAAGGUGCUGGAGGGGACAUGGGGGAAUGAUGGUGAUGAUGCUGCUGAAGAAGAAGAUGCAUUUUGUGACCCAUUUGAAAACCUCAAGGUUGAAUUAAGACUUCUGAGAACAUUUCUCAAAUACGUAGGAAAUUGGAGGGACACUGAUGACACGAUUCAGGCUGACUUUUUGGUCCUUGAUGCUGAAUUUGAAGCUGCACUCUCUGUUGUCAAAAGGGAUCUCAGCACUGCUUCUUAUCAGAAAGGGUAUGAAAGAAGUGCUGAAUUCUUGGAUUCUGCAAUUGCUCAGCUACAAGAAAAGAUUACCUUUUUCAGGCGAAAAGUUAUGAAAAUCUAUGAGUACAUGACCAACUAUUCGUUCCAAUCAGAGCCUCCUCCCCUGACCAAGACUCGUCAAUGGAAUGAGUUCUUUGACUCUUUGGAGCAGAAUCUCAAGGAUCUUCUCCAUGGGAACUACAAGUUAAUUGAGCCUGUCUUGGUUAGAGAAUUGAUGGCCCUUGAAGAAAAUGUCAUACCCUUCAAAGAAUUAGCAUGGUGGAGCAUUCGUGGUGCAGAUUUUGUCGAGAGCGAUGUUUUGGUGCAGUUUGCAGAGCUUGGUCUGCAGGCAGCACAUCUUUCUUAUUCUUGUUGGUGUGAUAAGAUGGAUGAUGAAAAGAUUUCCCUGUUUACAGACAGGGUUGUGAUGCUAAGUGAUCUGCAAAAGAAGUUGAAGCUCAAUACUCCACAAGUUGCAGAUAUUUAUCUCAAUGUUCUCAGAGGCAUAAAGUCAUACCCAGACUGGGCGAAGGCAGAAGUAGUUGAUUACUUUGUUGAUUUUCUUGUUCCUAAGAAGGAUCAACAACUGGAAAUAAUCAAUCAGGGAUUUGUUGAAUUCAUAUUAUUUCUGUUGGAUUCAUGUGACGCGUUGUUCAAUAAGGAUGAGGUGCAGUUGCUCUUGAGGGAUGUUGUAGUAGUGGCCAUCCAGAUUGGAUCUAUCGGCUGCUCAAUGACCGAGAAUAUGGAUGAAAAGAAUGAGGUUGCACUGUAUAAGUUGCAUUCGAAAAUGGAGCUUCUCAAGGCUGAGGCAUUCCUCAGUGUGGUAUUGAAACCAGAAGAUGCAACAGUCUGUUAUGAGGAGAGGAUUGAUGCUCAUCGGGAGGGACUGAAAUUGUUGAGAAAACUUCUGACAGAUUCACCACAGGGAAAAACUGAAAGCAAUAAGACAAUCUGGAUCCAUAUUUCAGCUUUGGCUAAGGAGGUAAGGUUUGCUGUUAGCUCAUUGAAAGGCAAAUUAUUUGCACGCAGGCAUCGUGAUGUGCUUGAGGUGCUUAAAGUUUUCCUGACUGAGGCAUUUUUCACGGAGCUACUUAAUAGUCAACCUUAUUCAGAUUUAAUGAUCAAUGAUAGGGAGAACAUUGAAACCAUUUAUGAGGGGCUAAUAUUGAUCAGAACAUUUCUAAUGGGUCCAGGAGAGAAGAAUGAGGAGCUCUUGUCUGGGGUUGUAUCAGUAUCUAAAUUUGUAAGAUCUCUCUAUGACUCAUUCCUUGCCAGCAACUUUAGAGAAGAUUUGGUUGGGAAUAUAAAUCUUUUACUCCCUAAGUUGGUAAAAAGGAUUAAACCCUUCAAGGAAGAGAUAAAAAAUAUUUAUUUGCAACAACGAAGCUCAAUGGAUUAUAACUUCCCCAGGACUAAUGGAGUGGGAUUUAUGGACUUCCUCUUGGGAAAUCUGGGAGUGCUUUACAGGAAAAAAGAUCUGGGGAAGCGGUUUAUUGAUAAAUUCGAUUCUAAUGCUUGCAUGAAGCGUUAUGUUGAAGCCCUAUCCAGACAGGUGAAGAUCAUGAGAUCUCUUCUCAAGAAUAUAAUUGAGCAGUAUAAUGAGCACUCAGACUUGAAUGAUCUCCGUUCAUGCAUAAUAGAUAUGGCAUAUGAGACAGAGUAUUUUAUUGACAAAAUACUGGUUGGCGGUUGUGUUGAAUGGUAUCAUGCACUAUGGUUUUCUGAUCUCAUAGAGGAGUUUAAAGUCAUAAAACUUCAGGCUUCAGCAAUCUUUGAUAAGAUGUAUAGUAUUGAGGUCCAUAAUGUUGUGCAUACUUCGGGAAGUUUAAUCUCACCAGCUAUUGUGCCCAAUGUGGAUGAAGUUGUGAUUGAUCUUGAUGAUCAGGCUGAACUGAUUAUGGAUCGACUUACAAGAGGAACAUUGCAACAACAAGUCGUUUCAAUUGUUGGCAUGCCUGGACUAGGUAAGACCACUCUGGCUAAAAAGGUAUACAAUGAUCCUUCGAUUACCUAUCACUUCCAUAUUCGGGCAUGGUGUUAUAUUUCUCAAGUGUAUCGUAAAAGAGAAUUGUUACUUAACAUAUUAAGUGACAUUAUGGAACUUACUAAUGAUGUUCUUGAACUGAGUGAGGACGAUUUAGAGUUCAAGUUGUACCAAUGUUUAAAGAACAGAAAGUACCUCAUAGUUUUGGAUGAUUUGUGGAGCAGAGAGGCAUGGAAUGACUUAGAAUUUUCACUUCCGGAUGACAAAAAUGGAAGCAGAAUAUUGAUUACAAGUCGUCUUACUGAUGUAGCUUUGACGACAAAAUCUGAUAGUAUAGCUCAUUCACUUCGUCUGUUUUCUGAUGAUGAAAGUUGGAAUUUAUUGCAGAAGAAGCUUUUCAAUCGAAAAGAUUGUCCUGAUGAAUUGGUGAACCUGGGAAAGAAAAUAGCCAGAGGUUGUAAAGGUUUACCUCUUGCAGUUGUUGCAAUAUCUGGUCUCCUUCAGAGAACUGGCAAGAAGCAAGAUUGGUGGGAAACAGUUGCGAGAACUUUAAGCUCAUGCAUUGCUGAUGAUCCAGAAACGAGGUGCAUGGACAUCUUAGAGCUAAGCUACUCACAUUUGCCAACCUAUCUGAAGCCAUGCUUUCUGUACCUUGGAGCGUUCUUGAAGGAUAGAGAAAUUCCAGUUUCAAAGUUGACACGUCUGUGGAUAGCUGAAGGUUUUGUACAGAAUCCAGAGCUAGACAGUUUAGAACACCUGGCAGAGAAAUACUUGAAUGAUCUAAUUGGUAGAAGCCUAGUAAUAGCUUCCAAAAGAAAGUCCAAUGGUGGAGUCAAAACAUGCCGUGUUCAUGACAUGCUGCGUGCUUUGUGCUUAGUUAGAUGCAAAGAGCAAAACUUUUUGCAUUCGAUAACUGGGGUGUUGGAUUUAGAGUGCAUCAACAUGGGCCAUUGUUUCCCUAGGGGAUUGGAACAUUUGGUUCAUUUGAGGUAUUUAGCUGUUUGUGGUGACUUAGACUCUAUUCCAGCAUCAAUAUCCUGCCUCUGGAAUUUAGAAACUUUGCUUGUGAGGGGAUUGAAAGGUAAAGUUGAUCUGCCGCAUACGUUUUGGAGCAUGGUGAAGUUGAGACGUGUGCAUGUAAAGAGCUUUACUUCCUUUAGUUUCGUCAAAGAAGAUUCAUCUCAGUUAGAUAAUCUUGUUACUCUUUCCUCCCCAGUUCUCUUUUCUGGGGAGGAAACAGAGAAGUUGAUGAGGCAGUUACCCCAACUCCAGAAACUGGGAUGCAUAUUCUCAGAAUCUAAAGUUGAUACUGGUAAAGGCUAUGGGUUCCCACUCUUGGGCUUUCUAACACAACUUGAAGCACUCAAGGUAACAUAUUCCGGAAGAUUUUGUCAUCCUCGUAAAUUUGACUUCCCCUUGAAUCUUAAAAAGUUGACUCUGUCAAAAUUUUGCCUACCAUGGGAUUGUGUUUCAGAGAUUGGGAGGUUACCCAACCUUGAGGUUCUCAAAUUACUUUCUAGAGCCUUUGAGGGUGAAAGAUGGAACAUGAAAGAAGGAGAGUUCCUUGAGCUUAAAUUUUUAAAACUUGACACUCUAAACAUUGCUCAAUGGAAUGCCUCUGCUGAUCACCUGCCCAAGCUGCAACAACUUGUGCUGCGGAAUUGCAGGCACCUUGAGGAGGUUCCCUCUGGUUUUGCAGAUAUCCCUACAUUGGUCAUGAUUGAGAUGCAACUGUGUCGAAGCUCAGCUGAAGAGUCAGUCAGAAUUCUGAAGGAGGAACAACUGGGAUUGGGGAUUGAUGACUUAAAGGUCCUCAUCAAUUGUUGAGACUCAGGUUUCAGAUUGUCUCAAUCAAGUCAGUGGAUGCUCACUUUGUAAAUCUUCAUCUUGCUAUGUUUCAGCUUUGGAAAGUUUGCAUCAUUAGUUGA